AUGGGCGUGCUAUUCGUUGCGUACUGCAUAUUUGGUACUCUUAUGCUCCUUAUUCUCUUUUUCAACUACACAAUAGUCAAAUACUACACUGACACAAGUGAACACUAUCAUUUAGCCACCGUCGUCACAGUCCUAUCUCUAUCAAUCACUUUAUUUUGUGUCCUCCUAGUUCCAAUAGAUAUUCUGAUUGCAUCAGGACGAGUAAAAGAUAUAAGUGAUAUAGACAUCCCUAAAGAAACAGUCAGAAACAUAUUUUUAUCUUUAUUUUCUAUCAUGCUCUUACUAGCUUUUAUGCUGAUACCUUUUGCGUAUUUUUAUGGGGAAGAACAGUUUGAUGAAAUUGAUUCUGAUGGAAACGCGUUAUGUGAAAAAAUCUGUGAAAGCAUGAAAUAUACAGCCAGCUUUAUGCUUAUUUGUGCUGUGCUGGUUAUUGUAGGACUCAUUUUUAGGCCAGAAAAAGAUGAAUGGGGGCAGGGAAAAGAAUGAAUCAGGCAGCUUUUUGAUGUGGAACAUGUAGGAGAGGCUGCUAUUUCCUUUACAGUGGCAUGCUUAACACUAGUAGGACUUUUGCUUUGGUGUUUUUAUACUGCGUUUGGCAUGGCUGCUAUGCCGUUUACAUUAAUUAAAGGCAAAAAGAGCCUUGAAGAGGCUAAAAAUGAGCUUGAAAUGGAUAUUGGCGACGUCAGAGACAAAAUCAGAGAAAUUGAGCUGAGAUCAGCCAAAAGUAACACAAGAAUGACAAGAAAAGAAAAACGCGACAAAGCAAAACUCGAAAAAAUGCAAAAAAAACUAAUGGCAAGAUCCUCAAAAAUCUCUGAAAAACAAAAAGACAGCUCCCAGCUCCUAUCUAGAUUACUGAAAUUUUUAACGCCUUUCCGAGUCAUGCUGGGCGUUUUUGCUUUGAUUUUCUCCUUGAUUUUCUUUUUUUCCUUAUUUUUUGGGGCAAUUGACAGACUUAUAAAUUCUGACUGUGGAUUUUCCUGUGGAUUUAUUACGUCUUCCUCAUCUAUUUUUAAUCCUCUUGAUUCUCUCCUUGUCUAUUUAUCUACAAUGUUCCCUCUAGACUAUCUGAUUUUUGGCUUAUUAAUCCUUUAUAUAUUUAUUGCAAGCAUUUAUGGAAUUGUUCGCUGGGGUAUCCGUUUUCUAUGUGUAUCAGUAGCUCCUAUAUAGGUUUUCACAAUAAAAAAGAAAAGAACAAUGCCCCAAGCUCUGCUUGUAGCAUCAAUUAUAAUGAUGCUUGUGGUGCUUGGCAUUUCUGUAGCCAUUUUAACAGUCGUCCCAGCUUAUACUACAUUUGGCUCCCAAAAAUUUGUAUCAGACGGCAAAACUGUGGAGUGCUCCUUAGAAAAUUUCAACGAAAACGAGUGCGUGAUGUCCAAUAUUUCCAGCUUUUUUAAUAGGUAUUUUAUAGUCAGAAUUUCUCUGUCCAUCCCGCUGUUUUCAGCAGUCGUUUAUUUGAUGAACUGGCUAUUUAUGGCAGUUUUCAUCGUAUGUGGGAUCUCAGCAGCCAUGCAAAAGCCUUCUUCGUCCUUUGAAGAAGAGCUGGAGAUCGAGGAGGAAGAAGAAGAGACAUUUAUAUAA